AUGCUUUGGAAAGCUUUCACUCUCCUCAUCUUCCUUGUCAUGCUUCAGGACCAAGGAACAUCAGGUUCUGAUAUGAAGAUAAUUAGCAUGCCUGUCAUCGUGGGAAGUAGUAUCAAGUUACAACCGAUUCGUAUUCCGCAGCAUUCAGAAAGUAUGCAAUUCACUUGGUUUGUGAAACUAUCUUCAACUCAGGAAAAUUUUAAGAUAUGGAGUUGGAGAGAUGACUCAAAGGGUACAUUUGAAGGUGGGCAAUUUAAAAACAGAGUUAAUGUCAUACCUGAGAACCUGGCCUUAUUCAUUAGCCCAGCUCAGAAGAAUGACAGUGGCCUCUACUUCAUGGAAAUCACUAGUCGGUCAGGACAUGUUUCUAAAACUGCCAAGUUCCAGGUUUCUGUGUUUGAUCCUGUCCAGGAUCCAAAGAUUGAGGUGACUGGAGAGUCAUGGAAUAACACCUUGUGCCAUGUGAACCUGUCUUGCUUCGUCCAUGGGAACAAUAAUUUGACAUAUACCUGGUACAGAGGGAGAGAACAAAUUAAAGCCCCAGGGAAUCAUGCCCAUGUACAGCUCUACAUCCAAGCCAGUAACACUGAGAAUUACUAUACUUGCAAUGCCAGCAACCCAGUUAGCUCAAGGAGCCAUACCGUCAACCUUACUUGGGUAUGUGCUAGCACAGUUCACAGCUCAACCCAAGAAUUGUGGUUCCUGCUGGUUUUGGGUUUCUCUGUGAUUCCCCUGGUCAUUCUACUUCUCAGUAUCAUUGUCUGCCUGUAUGUAACAAGAAAGAGGAAGAAGAGGAGGAAGCAAGUAGCAGAUACGAACAUGACAAAUUAUACGAAAAUUAAUCAUAGUAUGCCCCAGAGAAAUCAGGUGCAGAAUUGCUGUGCAACAGAAGAAGGAAACACCUGCUAUUCUGUAGUCCAAUUUCCACAACAGCCUCCUGCUUCCAGCCCUGCUAGUCAAGAUAAAACAGUGUACUCAUCAGUCCAGUUCUCCAAGCGUUCUUUUUCCAAGCAAAUGAACCCCAGCUCAUCCCAUUCAACUACCAUCUACCAAGAGGUCCAGAGACCCAACCGACUGUCUCGUAAGGAGCUGGAGAUGUUCUGCGUCUAUUCCUAGUAAUGGGAGCUGCUGUCCAAAAUGAACAUACUAUUGAAGCAUUUUGAGGGCUAGGAGAUAAUAAGGGCAGCUCAGAUCUUUAUAGCUCUUGCAGGAUUACAAAGCUCUCUCUUCACAACAACCACAUGAGGAAAGGAGCGCAAGCAUUACUCAAAUAUUCCAAUAGUUUGAGAUCUCUUCGAUGUGGACAUUCUCUUCAAUGACAUGGAUCACUCUUCCUUUUUGCCUUCCUAUAUUAUGUGGCACUUUUCUAUGCCAGUCCAUAAGUUAAUAUCUGAGGGUCGAUCUCACAGGCUAGAAGACUUCCUAGAUUUCUUCUCACAUCGUAAGGAUACAAAUAGAGCACUCAGGCUAUAAGCCUAUUACCGCCCCCCCCCCCACUCUUGCCAUGUGUCUAACCCAUGUUCCUUUUCAAUUAUAAACUUCCUU